AGGGUUAACUUUUAGAGAUUAAAGGGCUGCACUUAUCAUAAUAACCUGCUUAUCACUGAGGCCACGGAGCUGCUGCUCUCAGCUGCGACCUUUCACCUACUUCCCUCUCCGUGCCGCUUCUCACGCUCUGCUGCUCCCCGCAACACAAGCGCUGCUUCCCGCAGAACCGAUCCUCCAGCACCCCGCUGCUCCGCCGAAGCUCUACACGCGCCUCACGCUCAGGAUGUUUUCCAGCCUCGCUCGCUGCGCCUCCAGAGGGGCCCUCCAGGUGCUGAAGGGGGCCGGGCGCUGUGCCCCCAGCCCGGCCGCAGUGCCUCGUUUUGGGCACCAGACGCUGGCGGCUGCCCCUCUGCCCGCUGUAGGCGGGGGUCCUGGGAUCAGGCAGGCCAGAGCACAGGACCGUGAGAGACUGCUGCAGGUGGAAUGGGAUGAUGGGAGCUGUAGUUUAUACCCGUUUACCUGGCUGAGGGAUAACUGCCAGUGCCCUCGGUGUACCCUGCAGUCCGCACAGGCCCGGAGCCUUCUGCUCACUGACCUGGACGUUCACACUGGAGUGGACCAAGUGCAGAUCACUGAAAACAACAAGGUCUCCAUCACGUGGCCAGAUCAACACAGCAGUGAAUUUGAGCCUGACUGGCUGAAGAAAAGGUGUUUCUCACCUGAAGCGAGACAAGCAAGACAAGAGGAGCUGUUCCUGAAUGAGCGGGAUUUCUGGGACUCAGGGCUGCAGAUCCCCACGCUGGACUUUGAGGAGGUUCUCCAUGAUGAUAAAGCUGCUCUGGACUGGCUGAUGGCUCUGAGACGCGUUGGCAUCGUUUACCUGAAGGGGGCGCCGCUGGAACAGGGCCAGGUGGCUCGGCUCAGUCAGAGAAUUGGGUACCUCAGACUCACCUUUUACGGACACACGUGGCAAGUGCAGGACAAGCCCAUGGCCAACAAUGUGGCGUACACCUCCGGCAAACUGAGCCUGCACACGGACUACCCUGCUCUACACCAUCCACCUGGGGUGCAGUUCCUGCACUGUCUGCAGCAGGCCCAGCAGGGCGGCGAGAGCGAGGCGGUGGACGGAUUUCACAUGGCCGAGCUUCUGAGGAAAGAUCACCCCGACGCCUUUAACACCCUCUCAUCACUACGGGUAGACUUCACUGACACGGGAUCAGACUACUGCGACUUCAGCGUGCAGUCCAAGAAUCACAUCAUAGAUGUGGACAGUGAGGGCCGUGUGGUCAGAAUCAACUACAACAACGCCACCCGAGACUCGACUCUGGAUCUUCCUCUCGACCAGGUCCAGCCGUUCUACAGCUCUCUGAAGAGCUUUGUGGAGCUGAUGAACCAGCCUGAGAACGUGUUCACCUACAGGAUGGAACCAGGUGAUCUGGUGACCUUCGAUAACUGGCGCCUGCUGCACGGCCGCAAGAGCUACCUGUCCGGCAGCAUCAACCUGAGACACCUGGAGGGGGCGUACCUGGACUGGGACGAGGUGAUGUCCCGCCUCCGGCUCCUCCGCAAGGCUGUUCAUGGAGACGGGGAAAGCCUGAGCUCCUGAGUCUGAGCUGAUUGGAGAUAACUGGAGCUGAUUGGUCAGUAGGUGUUGAAGCUUAAAGCUGAACUGUUGUGCUGCGUUGGGUGCACUUCUCUUUAUGGCACUUUUAAGGACAACCCUUCACCUUAGGAAGCAUCUCAAAUGAAAACGUGAUGUGUUACACUUGCCGUUUUUUUGGUCACUUGAGAGAUAUGAGAGAUCACUAGUGUCCAACUUCUUCACUUUAUUAUCUAGGGCCGUUGUGCAGUGCCAAAUUUAUCUAUGCUUUUAUUUUAUUUUCCUAAAUAAGCUUUUUUGGUCACAUUUUUGUCUGAAAUCCAUGUUUAAAGCCUUAAAUACAUGACUCCUUCUGUGUUCUGUAUAAUGUGUAUUUAUACAUUAUACACAUAGUGUAUAUAAUGUAUAUAUGUACACAACCAGUCUAAAGUUUUAAAACACUUCUAUUGUUUAAUUUUCCCAGACAAGCUGUUUUUUUAUUUUCUCAUCUUAUCAUUGACCUCUAAUUCUUUUCUUCCCUGCUAAAACUGAGACUUAGUCCAGUCAUGUUAAUCUGAGCUAAAGGCUAAAGCGCUGUUUCCAUGUGGGUCAGCCAGACGUAACUCUUCCUGUAGCAGUUUUUUUUUCUCCAGUUUCCAAGAGUCUGAGUUUGAAGGUGUAGGAAAAAGAAAUCACCGCUCUCUGGCUUCAUCUGUAAUUUCUCAAAAGAAAAGAAAGACUUUUACUUUUAAUAGUUACAGAGUUCUCUGUGUUUCUGUGUCUUUUUUUUUUUUUUUAGUUAUUAUGAUGAUAAAAGUGUGAAUGUGCUGUGUGUAAGUGUGUAAAUGCUGCAGUAGAGUAACAGCACUAACACCAUCUGUUCCAGAACUACAGCUUUACUACAGACUAAGACUUUAAAAAAAGUAUAUAUUUUUUAAAUCCAUUUCUCAAACUUAAUUGUUUGCUAAAAUGCAUCACCUCUUUUUUAAACAAUAUAUAUAUAUAUAUAUAUAUAUAUAUAUAUAUAUAUUUUUUUUUUUUUUUUUUCAAGUUUUUAUGUUUCGUUAAAGGCCCUGGCAUUUUUGUACUCCAUUUCCAGUUAUUGACUGGACCUGAAGAGCUUAAAUAGAGAAAAUAAAGGGAGAAAUGGAGGUGUUCUAAAACUUAUGACUGGUAGUGUAUGUGUAUAUAUACACAAUCUUAUGCACAUAUGGCCAAUUCAAGCUCUAAGGUGCAUUGAUUAAUGAGUGAUUAAUUUCUGUGUUUUACAAUGAAAAACAAGUAUCUGUAUUUUUGUCGAUUUUUAGUUUACUACAUCAUUUGAACAGACAAACUGUUCCAUACACUGUGCCAAAAUUUCUUAAUGAUCGGACCAAUAGAAACUCUUCAAAAUGACCUGAAAUAAACUCUUUGUACAUUGACUUUCAUUAAAAGUUUUAAGGUUUUUCUCUCUCCUGUAAAGAGGCUGUUUUGGAGAUACUUGUUUUUCAUUGCUGACAUAAGUAUUUAAAACUGAUAUAUAAUAUAAUAUAAAUUACAGGCUUAAGUCUUGCCUUUUCCCAAAAAUCAGAGUUUUAUUAUUUAUUUUCUAUUGAUAUUUCACUCCCCAGUCCAAUUCCUGGCAUUAUUGUACCCCAUUUGUCAGCAUCACUGAAGUCCCCCUGGCUUUUAUGUCUUUAUGGUUCAAUAAUAAUAAUAAUAAUAGUGACAUGCUGUAUUUGUGUGUUCUAAACUUUAUUUAUGAGGCUAUUGCUGUAGGUAGAUGCUGUAAAAGAUCUGUUUAAAUAAAAAAUCUAUUUUUAAAGGAAAGGGAACACAGUCAGAGAGACUCUGACUCAAACUUUUCUGGGCUGCAUCUUGUAAAGUGGCUGUUUUGUGCCUGAAAUGUAUAAAAAUGUAAUAAAAAUGAGAUUUAGCUGUGUGUAGAAAAGCUGCAACUACAAUGCAUAAACAGUGAAGUGCUGCUGACCUAAGAAAACCUUUUAACUCCUUUAAAAACCUUAUUUUUAUUUUUAUUUAGUUUUUCUUUUCUUUUGUGCAUUAAAAUGCAAUACACGGCCACUGGCUGCUUUAACAACAUCGGAGUUGAAGCUGCUGUAGAUGAUGAGGAUUACUAGUGCAUCUCAAAAAUAUCAGAAUAUCAUUGAAAAGUUACUUUAUGUCAGUAAUUCUGUUGAAAAUGUGAAACUCAUAUAUUAUAUAGAUGUAUUAAACACACAGUUGUAAUACAAUUUUUGUGGCAUACAACCAAUGAAAACCAAAAAAUCUCAGAAAAUUUGAAUAUUAUAUAAGAUCAACAAACCUAAACCUUUUGGCAGUGUGGGCAGUGUGUCAAAUCCUGCUGGAAAAUGAAAUCUCCAAACCAUCACUGAUUGGUGGAAACUUCACACUAGACCUCGAGCAGUUUGGACUGUGUGUCUCUCCACUCUUCCUCCAGACUCUGAUUCCUUGAUUUACAAAUGAAAUGUAAAUUUUACUGAUGAUCAGUGAUGGUUUGGAGAGUUGCGAGAUGUUGAUUUCAUUUUUCAGCAGGACUUGGCACACUGCCAAAAGUACCAAUUGGUCUAAUUUUUGGGUUUUUAUUGUCUGUAAGCCAUAAUCAUCAACAAUAGAAUAAAUAAACGCUUAAACUAGAUCACUCUGUGUUUGAUAGAUCUAUGUAAUAUAUGAGUUUUAAAUUUUUUUGACUGAAUUACUAAAAUAAAGUAUCUUUUUAAUGAUAUUCUAUAUAUUUUUGUUUGGAGAUGCAUUAGUAUCUUCAGAACAGCAGCAGCUUUACUCUUCUUAUCUCAGAGUAGUUUUACGUUUUAUAGGUGCAUGGUUUCUGUAGUAUGAUAAGUACUGUAUAAUGUAGCUACUGUAUAUGUUUACCUUGGGCACAAACAAUGCAUUAUAAUAAUAAUAAUAAUAAUAAUUUUAUCAGUUUAAUAACUCUGUGUCUUAGGGAAGAAAGGGCAUUACGGCUGUACAGUGAACACAGGCAUUAAUGGAAGGUGGUUUUGCUAUUGUUUGUUCCGAAUUUAACAGGGUAUUUAAUGUUUGCAGUAAUAUCGUAUGCAUAUAUCCAUGAAUCAAGAAAAACAUUAUGACCAACAGUGGACAACAUUUUUAAAGUUCUCUAAGAAUUACAAACUGUAUUCCUGUAUGUGUUUCAAUGGCACCAAAGGUUUGUUUAACUUAAAAAAAACUGUAAAUCUUAAGCAGACAGGAUUUUCCAGAAUGAAGCUUCCGAUAAUAAUAAUUGGCAAAAAAAAAACUGCCAAAUAAAGAGUGUGACAGAUACAGAUAGCCUAAAUGUAGAUGUAUUUUUAAGAGGGAAUUCUGUAAGACUCUGUACGACUAAUGAUGUCCAUGAAUUAAUGCAGUUAAUGAAAUAAAUCUUUAUAAAACA